AUGGAUACUCAAAGAAUUCAGAAGUUAUGGGACAUUGCGUCAGAAGAAUGGGAUGAAUUGAAAAAGAUUGAGCACAUCAUCCGUAGUCAAGAGUCCGUCGAGGAUGUUUUGGCGGUGUUGAGGCAUGCGGAACUUGAUCAAGACGCAGAGAUUGUUGCAUUUGUCACACUCCGGCGACUCUCAACCGUAAACCACAACGAGACCAAAGAGCAGAACAGACAAGACCACGAGCUACAACGUGUUCAAUUCUGGGACAGUUAUUGGAAUGGAUACACCUAUUUGGCGAUGGAGGACAUCGAGCCAAAUGCAAUGGGCCGCGAUUUCGUCGGGUGGACAUCCAUGUAUGAUGGAAGUGAGCUUAACAAAGUGGAGAUGAAUGAGUGGCUGGACGAAACCAUCACAGCAAUACUUGAUGGGGGUACUGGACUGCACGUUCUUGAGAUAGGAACUGGAUCAGGCAUGAUCCUUUUCAACCUCAUCAAUGAUGCACACUCUUAUGUUGGUCUAGAGAUGUCACAAACGGCAGUUGAAUUCAUCGACAAGACGACGAGAUCGAGGCCUAGUUGGGUGCACCGAAUACACAUGUACAAGGCGACAGCGGCGGAUCUAGGAUCAUUAAAACUUCCUACUUCCCCUGACGUAGUUGUCGUCAACUCUGUUGCUCAAUACUUUCCCAGCCAAGAGUAUUUACUUCAAGUUGUUGAGAGCGUGUUGCAGCUCGGGACUGUUCGGACACUUUUCUUUGGCGAUAUACGGUCAUAUGCACUCUACAAGGAGUUUUCAGUCAGUAAAGUGCUCUACUCUGCGGGACAGAAGGUCAACAAGAGACUGUUACGUGAAAAGAUUGCGGAAAUCGCACAGCAAGAGCUAGAAUUGCUUGUCGACCCAGCAUUUUUCACUUGCCUCCCGCAUCGAUUCCCAGACCUUGUCGACCACGUGGAGAUUAUUCCCAAAAGGAUGAGGGCAACCAACGAGUUAAGCUGCUAUCGUUACGCGGCGGUCUUACAUUUGAGGUGCCCGAACCAAACUACCCACCGUCAAGAUAUCCACAACAUCAGGAACGAUGAGUGGAUUGACUUCAGCCAGCAAGGUCUUGACCACAAAGAUCUGUUGCAGCGUUUGGAGACCUCCCCAAGAGUCCUGGCUGUGAGCAACAUUACCUACAGCAAAACUAAUUUUGAGAGAAAUGUGGUGGACUCGCUCGAGGACUACGAGCAAAGCACUACACUAGAGGGGGACAAUUGGCUAUCAUCGAUUAGGGAACGUGCUCAGAACCAGCCUUCCCUAUCUGCACUCGAUCUCCAAGAGAUAGCCAAACAAGCCGGCUACCGGGUCGAGAUCAGCUGGGCCAGGCAAAAUUCUCAGCGCGGCGGACUUGAUGCAAUCUUUCACAAGUACAGCGUUAACAGGCGAGGGAGGGUUCUGUUUCAAUUCCCCAGCGAUCAUGAGGGCCGCGAGUCUCAUAGCCUAACAAACCAACCAUUACUACAGCAGGUCAAGCACAUGGUUGAGGAGCAAUUGAAUGAGACAUUAGAGUCACAGUUGCCAGCGCAUGCCAUACCCGAGAAGAUCAUCAUCGUCGACAAGCUACCAAUAAAUGACGGGAGGUGGGAUCUCAAGCUCUAA